CCGUUUUUUCGACUCUAUUGCACAAGAAAAAUAAACAUAAACAGAAUUAAAAGUUAGAGCGAGACAGACGUGCGAAGAGUGUCGAAAGUUAUUAUUGUUACAGCGAAUUAACGUUGAAUUGCUAAAAAAAAGCUAAAGUAAAUAAGCUCAGUAAAAAAAGUUAGAAAACAAAAAAUUGAAUCGAUUUACGUGUGGGACAUUUAGAAUUUUAUUGAGCGAGUGUAAUGUGCAUAAAAAAAUAGCUAGAAAUAACAGUCGAAAAAAAGAAGAAGAAAUCAAGUGCAAAGAAAAACUAAUUUACGCAUUAAGAAGUAAUCGACUCAAUCGCAAUUGCAGUUUGCUAUAAUGUAUAAUUAUAACGACGCAACAGCAGCAGCAACAACAACGCAAAAGAACAAAGAACUUCAGUGCAUCAACUACCAAUUGGUACAACAACAACAACAGCAGCAACGACAACAGUGAGAGCAAGAACAACAAUAACGGCAGCAGCCGCAGUGCGACGCAUAAUUUCCUGCUUACCCACACACACACUUACACAGACGCACACAAACAUUAAAGAGCGUUUGCUGUUGCGUGCGUGGGAAGGGGACGCCGUAACGGCUGACCCAAACAAAGAAAAAUAUCUUCGCAAAGAGAGUGGAGCACCAGAAAGAGCGCAACAGUGGAAGAGAGGGCAACGACAGCAAUUCGCGGCGCACAUAAAAUGACCAAUUCGAAUCAUCGUCAUCAUCGUAUCGAUCAAAUAAAAAAGUAAAACGACAAAAAAAAAGAGCAAAAACAAAUGCAAAGUUGCAUGAAACAUAAUAAAGAAUUGCAGUUUAAUGCUAAAGUAAAAAAAUAAAAGGGACAGUGAUAUCUAAAAGUAAAUGAACGCAGCUCCAAAUUUGAAUACGUGACUUUGAGAGAGUGCAAGAACAGAAGAAGGUGCAGGAGAACGCGACGCCGAGCCGUCUCUUUUUGUCGUACAUUUAUGGUUUGUUUUUAUUUUAACUGUAAGCAGCAGCAGCAAGAAAGAAGAUAGCGUGUCAAAGCGAGAGUAAGAGAGAAGGGAAGCGUCGCGAAGGCAACGUAUCAUCAUCAAAAGACGCAAUUUGUGAAUAAUUUAAUCGUACAUUCACACGAAGACAGCAAGAAGAGCGCACUGCCAAAGUAAGUGACUGAAGCUACUCUCCAAGAGAGCAAGUGAGAGCGAGUGCUUGUUAAAGAGUUAAAAAGAGAAGCUUACGCACGACGCUUGAUGUUUGCGCGCAGUGGAAUUAGCGCUUCGCCCAAUGGGGGCGAUGGCAGCGGUGGGAGAGGAAGCAGCGACGGUGGCGGCAGCAGCGGCAGCAGCGGCAGCGCUGCUGCUACUGGCAGCAUUGAACUGUUAUGUCCACCCAGCGGCAGCAGCAGCAUUAGCGGCAGCGGCAGUUUUAGCAGCAGCGGCGCAAGCACAACGGCAACUAACAGCACCAGUGUCAGUGCGUCGACGCCAGCAGCGGCAACGCAGGCAGCAGCGGAGAGCAGCGAGAGUAAUAACAAUCGUAAUCUGAGCUUACAACUGACUAAUAAUCACAACAACAACAACAAUAAUAAUAAUUACAACAACAAUAGCAUCAACAACAACAACAAUAAUAAUAAUUAUUAUCACAGCGGCAGUACAAAUCUAAUCAGCGGCAUCUGCAGCAGCAUUUGGCGUACCGCAACCUUUGGCAGCGCUGCUCCCAUUGCAAGCAUAAUGACAGCCAAUAGCAGCAGCGGCAGCAGCAGCGCUGUCAGCAGCGUCAGCUAUACGUCCAACGGUUCCUCAACAGGUGACGAGGUGUGCAUUGUUGAGCAGCAGCAGAGCAAGCGCACAGUGGCUACCAAUACGAAUUUGCUGGGCGGGCAACAGGACGAGUCCCAAACAUUCCUAGGCGCCACCGAACUGGACGAUGAGCUAAUCAAACAACUGCCAAAGGAGGUAUUGCUGCGUGUUUUCUCCUACCUGGAUGUCGUCUCGCUAUGCCGCUGUGCUCAGGUGUGCAAAUAUUGGAACGUACUCGCCUUAGACGGUUCCAGCUGGCAAAAAAUCAAUUUAUUCGAUUUUCAACGUGAUAUUGAGGGUCCGGUAAUUGAGAAUAUAUCGCAAAGAUGUGGCGGUUUUCUCAAAUCACUAUCGUUACGUGGUUGUCAAUCGGUGGGAGAUCAGUCCAUCAAAACUCUAGCAAAUCACUGCCACAACAUCGAACAAUUGGAUCUGUCGGAGUGCAAGAAGAUCACAGAUAUAUCCGUCACAGAUAUAAGCCGAUAUUGCAGCAAAUUGACAGCCAUUAAUUUGGAUUCCUGCUCCAAUAUAACAGACAAUAGCCUCAAAUAUAUAUCAGAUGGCUGUCCGAACCUGCUCGAGAUCAACGUGUCCUGGUGCCAUUUGGUCUCGGAAAAUGGGGUCGAGGCGCUGGCUCGCGGCUGUGUCCGUCUUCGAAAGUUCAGCAGUAAAGGUUGUAAACAGAUUAACGACAAUGCCAUCACGUGCCUGGCUAAAUACUGUCCCGAUCUAAUGGUGCUAAAUCUACACAGUUGCGAGACGAUCAGCGAUUCGUCAAUACGUCAGUUGGCGGCUAACUGUCACAAGUUGCAAAAACUUUGUGUUUCCAAGUGUGUGGAAUUAACAGAUCUCUCGCUGAUGGCAUUAUCUCAGCAUAAUCAGCAGCUCAACACGUUGGAGGUGUCCGGAUGUCGCAAUUUUACGGACAUCGGAUUUCAGGCGCUGGGACGCAACUGUAAGUACCUGGAGCGCAUGGAUCUGGAGGAGUGCAGCCAGAUUACGGAUCUAACCUUGGCCCACUUGGCCACCGGUUGUCCCAGUCUCGAGAAAUUGACGCUGUCGCACUGUGAAUUAAUUACUGACGAUGGCAUCCGUCAUUUGACCACAGGCAGCUGUGCAGCCGAAAGUCUCUCGGUGCUGGAACUGGACAAUUGUCCACUGAUCACGGAUCGCACGUUGGAGCAUUUAGUGUCAUGCCACAAUCUGCAGCGCAUCGAGCUCUUUGACUGCCAGCUCAUCUCACGCGCCGCCAUACGCAAGCUGAAGAAUCAUCUACCAAAUAUCAAGGUGCAUGCAUAUUUUGCACCUGUAACACCGCCCGCCGUGACAAGCGGACAUCGGCCGAGAUAUUGUCGCUGCUGUGAGAUUCUCUGAGAUACGGCCAUUGGCUUUGCCAGAAGAAUAAUGCGUAAAUCCGCCACAGACUGAUGUUGGCCUGUCUGCAUCGUCAUGAUUGCCAUGGUCAUUAGUCUGACCCUCAUCUCGAUGCUUUAUUUGCUCGGUAUGCUCGAUGGCAACUGGUGAAUGUCCAGCCACACACCCCACAUACACACACACACCCCACACACACACACACCAAUUAUAAGCUGUGUAUAACUAAAGCAAGAUUCUAAUAUCGAAACAAAACAACAACCGUAAAAAUUGUAACGAAAUUCGUAGUGUUUUUAAGCAAAGAAAUCAAGCGAACAUUUUUUGUAGUAUUUAGUUUGCGAAAGUUUCUAAAACUUCCCUCAAUAUGUAAAAAUUGUGAUUAUUUUAUUUAAUAUGCUAAGCUGUUAUUAUAACUAGUUAACAUUUUUAUUUUAAUUUUUAUUUAAACUUUUACUACUUUUCCUGUAGUUUUUCGUGUGCAUUAAGUAUUAGUAGAUUUUCUUUCUGUUCGUAUUGUGUUUUAUUUCACUUAUAUUUUGUGUAGAUGUAAAUAUAUCUACUUUAUGCUUAAAUAUUAACUACACACACACAGUCUCACACAAACACAAACACAACACACACAUACACUCAUUGGUAGCUUAAAAAAUAUGCAUGCUAAUUAAAUGUUGAUAAUUUAUGACUAUAAUUUAUAUAUGCUGCAUAUUUAAAUAUAUAUAACUGAGAUUUUAAUAAAGUCUAAACAUGUCGAUAGAACCACUAAGCGUUCACCAACACACACAUACACACCUUUACACACCCACACACACAAACAAUGAAAACUUUAUGCUAUUCCCUAAAAAUUGUUGCUAAACCUUUUUUUUUUUAAUAGUGCCAGGUAUAACUAUUUAAACUAGAACAUAUGUUAUACGAAAUGCAAAUUGUAUAUUACACCAGAACAAAACGAAACAGAGAAAAUGAAGAUAAAGAUAAAGUUAAAAACAAAAUACAAUGAUAACAAAAAACUGAUGAUAAAUAAAGUAAACACUAAAGUGCAAGCAUGUCUUUUACACACAAACAAACAAACAAAAAAACCAUAUGGAUCAGCGUUUCUAAAACACAAUCUUCUCAUACAACACAAAUGAUAAAUAAAAAAAUCUAUAUAUAUACACAUAUAUUCAUUAAAAAAUGAUAAAUAUAUAUAUUAUAUUAAUAUCUGUACAUGUAUAAUUGUCUAUUUUGUAAAUGUAUUCCGCACUUUAGAGGGGUACAAAAGUCGCCAACAUUUUCAAAUGACUUUAGCGCACAAUUUAAUCCAAACAUUUGAUUCAUUUAUACCCUUUUAUAGUUUCUUAGCUCUACUGUUUUUGUUAACUAACGGUUUCCUGUACCAAAAAAAAAAAAAAACCAAAAAACUAUCCUAUAAUU